GAUCGCAGAAUACGCGGGAAAGGAGCGAGAAAGCCACACAGAUCGACACAGAGAGAGAGAGAGACAGAGACAGAGAGAGAGAGACAGAGAGAGAGAGAGCAAAAAAAAAAGGAAGCGACUGCAAAGUGUCUUUUCUUUAAAAAAAAUAAUAUAUAGAAUUAAAUGUACAUCAUCAUGUCUGGGGGCGCGGCGGCGGCGGCGGCGCGCGUCUCGCCCGAGAGGAUGGUGGUGUCUGUGAUCAAGUCCAAGGUCGGUGCCCAGGACCUGGGUCUGGGUCUGGGUCUGGGGGGGGUUUCUGUGGUGUUUCCCUGCGGAUGGGCGGAAAACUCCGAGCACAUGAGCCCGAGUCCAACUCCCAGCACCGGGUCAACGGGAUCGACCUCUCCCCACCAGAGCCCGGACUACCCCACUUACAAGGACGGGAUUCGGCGUGGCCGUCCGCGGGGAGAGAUUGUCCGGGAACUGAUCACGGAAGGCACCAUGUCCACCAGCCGAAUCCGCUGUGAGAUUUGUAACCGCGUUUUCCCACGAGAAAAAUCCCUUCAGGCCCACAAAAGGACACACACAGGCGAACGACCCUACACGUGCGAUUACCCGGGCUGUGGCCGUGCCUUCGUGCAGAGCGGGCAGCUGAAGACUCACCAACGGCUUCACACCGGAGAAAAACCCUUUACCUGCUCGGAGCCAGGCUGUGCGAGCAAGUUCACUCACGCCAACCGUCGCUGCUCGAAGCACCCCUACGCACGGCUGAUGAGGCGGGAGUGCGCGAGCGAGCCAGGCAGGACUGGGAAGAGCGAGGCUGAUGAGGCUGUGGCGGAGUGGCUGGCCAGAUACUGGCAGACUCGAGAGCAACGGUCUGUGGGUGUGAAGGGGGGACUGGAUGAGCAGAGCUCGGAGCAGGAGCAGGCCGGGGCGAGAGGGAGCGAACGGGACCAGACCUGUGCCUGGCAGCACCUGCAGGAGCAGAGGGAGCGGUGGCAUGGGGCCUUGGCACUGAUCCAGCUGGCGAACCUCUCCGGGGCUGAGCCAUACUGAGCAAACCCUGCCCCCAACCACCCACCCCCGUGCCCUGCACUGCCAUCCUACUGGAGUGAGACCGACACACACGCAAUGCGGAGGCUGGGUUCUCCUUAACCCGGCCCGUCGCUCAAACCACAAAGCAAAGGCGACCCUCAGCACUCAUCCCACCUGUGGAACCAACUGGAUUCUCUCCACUCUGUGGGCCCCAGAGGAAUGGUGGAAUCUAGACCUCACUGCAGAUGGCUCUUUGAGGGACAAUGUUCUAGAAACCACUACAUCUGUCUCUUACCUGUGGUGUGAGCGGGGCCAAGGCCAGGGUGGAGGGAGUGAUAUAUUUUUAGCACAUGGUUCCUUCAACUCAGCACUUGACUCACUGUUAUUCCAGCACUUGAUGUACCUGCUCAGCGAGAGAGAGAGAGCACAAGGCUGCAGGUUGUGGAAACUGAAGAUAAAAGGUGUGCGGAGGGAAUUAACAGGUGUCGUCGAUCGGGUCAUUAACAGCCAGUGAUCUCGGCAGCUGUGACUUCCCUCCUGACCGACACGUUUGCACAUGAUUCGCAACCUGCCUAUCCCAUUCCUAUCCCUCUUGAAUUCUCUUAAGGCUACAUACAGCCCGACCCAAUGACCGGCAUUUUAAUCAGAGGAAUUUUUAUUUUUAUUCGCUCUCUCUCUCGCUCUCUCACACCUUUGUUUAAAAUCGACCAAUUCUUCAAGACCUUUUGUUCACUUUUAACUUUUUUUAAAAAAAAGUUCCCAACAGUUUUGCUCCGGAAUUUUCCCCCAAUUAAUUUCCGAUCUAUUUUAAUCAAGCCCUUCAAAGAAUCAAUACCCUGCAUUGUCCCCCAAUGCUGUGUUUAGCCUGUGUUGGACCGGGCUGGUUUGGGGGAUGGGUGUCUGUUUUUAACGUUCGUUCACACAGAAGCUUUUGAGACACACGUUUAUCACCAGGGACGUGGCUAAAAUCUUUCCGUGGUGAUUAUAAUUUAAUAUAAAUCUGUUGUUUGCAGCGAAACAAAUCCAGCACUUUAUACCCUACGGACAUAAGGGAAAUAAUUGCAUCUGAUUUCAAGGUGCAUUAAAUACACGGCCACACUACUUUACUGUGUAUCCUGUGAAGCGCUUUGAGACGUCUCGAUGACGUGAGGAGGCGCUAUAUCAAAUGCAGGGAUUGUUAUUGAUAGUAAAUCGCUAAUCGCUGAUCAGAGGGACAAACCGACACUAAAAUAUGUUACUCACCCCUUGUGAAAGGCUGUGUGUAAUUGUAAGUUGGGUGGCAUUAAAGGGGAAGUUGCUGUGCUGUUUGGUUUAAGUCCCGUCAACAACAAUAUUUACAUAGCAGCCUUCACGCAUCUCGGAGCGCUUAACAAUGGUGUUGUUUGACACCUUUUUCCCCCUUCCCCACAACUUCUUUUAAUCAUGAUUUCCCUGCUCCCCUUUUGUCGAGUUCUUUUGUCGUCCUUCACUGAAUUUGGACAGAAUCGCACUGAAAUCGCUGCACUAACUUUGUGAAUAGUGUAAUUUAGCGCCAAGAUACGACUGGCAAUAGAGAUUGUAAUUUAAGAUCC